AUGGUAGCUUGGGCAGCUUUAGGCGCAAUGGGAACAAAAGCAUUAGCAUUUGGAGCAAAAGCACUUGGAGCUUAUGACGCAGUAAAUAAAAUGAGUGGAGGAAGGGUUUCGAAGACAUUAGAUGCAAAUAAAGGGAAGAUUGGAGGCUGGGUUGCAAAGAAGUUAAGAUUAAAUAAAAUAGGGCUCAUAAAUAAAGCAUCCAAUUUGGUUGCGACUGAGUCAGAAAAUGCUUUAGGAAAGGACGAUGAGUUUGCAAAACACGCAAAAGACUUUAAUGACCAGAUGAAAGGUGAAACAAUGCAUUUAAAUAGAGUCGAUGGAACUAAAGAAAAUGUUUCUUCUCCACUAGUAGUUCUUCCAUACGGACCUUAUGGAAUGUAUGGAAACCCUUACGAAAGACCAUUUGACCCAUUGAC